AUGCCAGCCAAUCCAAAGACCAUCGGUCUCUGUAUAUUUCUCUUCCUCGCCUCUGCCCUCAUAACUCUCUCCUUCAGGAACGCAGGCCACAGCAGCCAAUGGCUUCCACGACACCGCAAGGGAAAUGGGGGAACCAGCUUACAGAAGCCGCUCAAAACUCACCAAGUCGCCUUUGCAACAUUUCUCGCCGGUAGCGUUGGUCGAAAGGAAACAGACGAAGAGUCCGCUGCCAUCAACGACUCAGACGAUGGCUACUUCCUCGGCACCCGCGUCCUGGCCUAUCAACUCCUCCACUCCAAGACGGCCGGCACCAACAACAGCAUUCCAUUCCUGGUCAUCUGUACGAAGGAUGUCUCCAAACGUAAGAGGGACCGUCUCAAGGCCGAUGGAGCGACAGUCAUCCUCAUCGAAAGGCUCGAUCCUGCAUUAAUGGUCUCCCACGAACCACGAUGGGCGGACGUCAUGUCCAAACUGCGUCUCUUCCAAUUGAUCGAAUACAGCAAGAUCUGCUUCAUCGACGCCGACACUCUUGUCACAGCUCCUCUUGACGGCGUCUUCUUUGACGAAGCAACCCUCACCCAAGCCACCCUCCCUCAUCCAGACCAAAUCAAAGAAGACGAAGCACCUCUACCACGAACCUACAUGUUCACCACCCAUGCUGAUUACUGGGGCUACGAUCACGCCUACCCACCCCCCACAGACAUGAACUACCUCAACUGCGGCUUCUUCGUCUUCACUCCGAGCCUCGUCCUCUUCAACUAUUACGUCUCCCUCCUCGCCCUCCCCGGCCGCUUCGACCCUCACAUGCCGGAACAGAAUCUCCUCAACUACGCGCACCGCCGUGAAGGAAACAUGCCCUGGAAGCCUCUAUGGUACGGAUGGAAUGUGAAUUGGCCGACAGCAAAGGACUGGCGCGGUGGAGCGAGGAGUUUCCACGCAAAGUACUGGGACGGAGACCCUUCUCACGAUCCGGUUUUGAAAGCCAUCUGGAAGGAACAGAGAGCGGAGAUGGAAGGGUACCACAGAGGACGAGAAACAGCUUUGAUGUACCCUUCGGGUAGGAAUUGA